CCGCCUCCCCGCGGGCGCCGCCUCCCCGUCCCACGGGGCCAGGCGGCGCCCCCCGCCCGCGGCGGCCCCUGCCGGGCCUCCGGGCACGCCGGGAGCUGUAGUCCCCGGGGCGCGCCGCGUCACACGCGUCCGGGCCUUGGGGCCUCCGCCCGGCAGGAAGCCCGCUCCCCUGGUUGCUAUGACCACCGGGAAGCGGGCGGAGCCGAGCGGGAAGCGGCGUCACCUGCCGAGAAGUGACGCCAGCGGGGCCCCGGAUGUCGGUGGGGCAGGGCACGCGCACCGCCACGCCCGCCGGCGGAAGCGCGUGGCCGGGGCAGAGCUGCCUCCCUGCGGGCCGGGCCACGUGACAGCCGCGGUCACGUGGCAGCGCGCGGCCGGCAGCCGCGAUGGGCACCGCGCUAGACAUCAAGAUCAAGCGGGCCAACAAGGUCUACCGCUGCGGGGAAGUUCUUUCUGGAGUCGUGGUCAUAACAAGUAAGGACACAGUCCAGCACCAAGGCAUCUCGUUAACAAUGGAAGGAUCAGUAAACCUGCAGCUUAGUGCCAAAAGUGUGGGUGUGUUUGAAGCUUUCUAUAACUCUGUCAAGCCUAUUCAGAUUAUUAACAGCACUAUUGAAAUGGUAAAACCAGGGAAACUUCCCAGUGGCAAGACAGAAAUUCCAUUUGAAUUUCCAUUGCAUAUGAAGGGGAACAAAGUUCUGUAUGAGACAUAUCAUGGUGUCUUUGUUAAUAUUCAGUAUACUCUUCGGUGUGAUAUGCGACGUUCUCUGCUAGCAAAAGACCUAACCAAGACUUGUGAAUUCAUUGUCCACUCACUGUCACAGAAAGGGAAACUGACACCAAGCCCAGUAGACUUCACAAUUACUCCUGAAACUCUGCAAAAUGUUAAAGAGAUAUUUAUACACACUGAUAAAAUCCCCCUGAGCCUUCUGUUCUGCAGGGAUGAACAAUCCGAGCUCUCAGCCUUUCUUGUGUGUCAUGUGCUUUUAACCAUCUUCAUGGCCAAAUCCAGCAAUGGCUUCACUUGCUCCAACUUGCUGAGGAUACUUUGUCCAUCAUCCAAGCCAUCACUGAAGAUGUCAACUAAUACUGGCUCCCGUAUUGGCCCCAGCCAGCGGUGUACACCACUGGUGACUAGCCUUCCGCUGGACUCCGUGCUACUGAUCACAAACCUUGGAGUCCAGCAGUUCAGGUCUCUUCCUACCUUUGCUGGACUUUCUGCGUGUGGGAAUAGACUGUGCUUGAGCGUGGAGGAGGUGACUCUAGGAAACCAGCCAGCCGUCAUGGCUGAAACUCUUCUAAGUCUAGCUGAGUGAGGGAGUGAGCAGGUUGUGUCCGGCAGCCUCUCGUGUCUCUGGAGUCUGCUGCACACUGAAAGCACAUGUUUUUCCAAAUACAAGGAUACAACUAUUCUUGGUGGGAAAAUUAUUUUUGAGACUACUGCUAAAUACUAAAGCUGUCAGCUGUCUGUUCUUCCUAUGAACCAUGUUUCCAUAUAAAUUAUUUUCUGAGGUAUUUUUCUUUCUGUAUCUUGAUACUUCACUCCUUGGCUUAGCAAAGGCUCACUGGUGAACAUCAUGAAAAAGUCCUGUCCAUUAAGUUUUCUUAUGUUUAAUAGCAGACCCUAUGCCUUUCCCUAUUUCAAGUACGUAACCACAAAAGUAGGUUCUAAAACUUCUGACAUCUUGGAUCCAGAGCUCCAGUCCAGUCUAAAGAAUGGUAUUGAAUGUGUGGCCUCUUUUUUUUUUUUUAAUUCUUCUACCUGUCUCUGAAAAAUAUAUGGGUCUAAAAUAACUACCUGGUGGACGGGUUGCAAAAGUCACCGGUUUGCUAUAUAUAAAGUACAAAAAUUUAAAUUCUUGGUUUGUCUGGA